CAUCCUAGAAAUACUCCAUUCUAGCGCGGGAAGCAGCUGUUUAGGCUCUCUAUCUACCUAAAGCUUCUUUCUCUGUUUCCCUCCUUGUUCUGCCAUAGUAUUAACUUGUUCUGGCAUAGUAUUAACUUGUGUGGCCACAUAUCUUGCCAAAAAUUUCCUUGGAUUGCCUGUUUGUAGAGUAAUUUGUGGUUUGUGAGAAAAACCUGGAAUGCAAGCUACUGGUGGACGCAAUCUCUCAUCCAUUUACCAUCUUGUCAAUAAGUACACCUCCUUAAUAUUUUAAGGUCGAAACCUUAACUCAUUAAACUCAUCCACUGGAAAGAAACACCAGACCAUGUCGAGUCCCAUUCCUCUAAAGGAGGAUGUUUAUUCCCAUCCUUGGGCACCCACCAUAAGAUUGUGCCUUUCAGGAAUGGUAGUCUUAUGUCUGUGUCUCAUUACAGUGGUGUCGUUCCUGCAAUUAUACCUCCUACCCUUGAUGGUGAGUAAGUAUUCAUAAUGACUAAUUAGAACAUUUUGUUUACAAUGGUUGAAAAAUGCCAACUCCUAUAUCCAAGUGGCGACACCUCUCACAUAUACCCACGGUCUUGUAGCCUCUUGACCUGCAGAUAGCAUGACUGGACUUUUAUUGAGAAGUAGAGGGGAUAUUCUCAUUGUACAAUUGCAAAUCUUUGAACCUACAAUAUAAUACGUAGAAAAGAAGAUGGUGCCGAACCUGAAGCAGAUCCAGAAAGAGAUCAAAGGACUGUAUUUGCUUUCCAGCUAUCUUUGAAGGCCGAUGAAAGAGAUGUGUAUGAGUUCUUUUCAAGGGCAGGGAAGGUCCGGGAUGUCCGCCUCAUCAUGGACCGAAACUCACGACGUUCAAAAGGAGUUGGGUACAUUGAAUUCUAUGAUGUUAUGUCUGUUCCAAUGGCCAUUGCUCUCUCUGGUCAGCCGCUUCUUGGUCAACAGGUGAUGGUUAAGCCAUCAGAGGCUGAAAAGAAUUUAGUUCAGUCAAAUGCUAGUUCAAGUGUAGCAGCUUCAGGUGGAGCAAGAAAGUUAUAUGUUGGAAAUCUUCAUUCCAAUAUUACAGAAGAACAAUUGAGACAGGUUUUCGAACCAUUUGGACUGGUUGAGCUUGUCCAGCUGCCUGUGGAUCCACUUACUGGACUGUGCAAAGGUUUUGGUUUUGUUCAGUUCGCACGUCUUGAAGAUGCCAAAUCUGCUCAGAGUUUAAAUGGUCAACUCGAUAUUGCUGGAAGAGUAAUCAAGGUUUCAGCUGUGACGGACCAAGGGGGAAUGCAAGCCAGUGGGGCAACAACGGGAGAUUUGGACGAUGAUGAAGGUGGAGGCUUGGCACUGAAUGCUAGCUCGAGAGCUCUUCUUAUGCAGAAACUGGACCGUAGUGGCGUUACAACCAGUUUGACUUCUGGGAUGGGUGCUACUGGUGUGAACAAUUCCGUGGCAUUAGCACCUGCAUCCGUUCUUGGUGCUCCUACAGCCACUCCUUUGCUGCAAACAACAAUAUCUGGUCUCGGUCUGAUUCCAGGGGCAGCUCUUCCGGUUAUCACCCAAUCCAUUGGCACAGCUCCACCGAGUGAAUGCCUACUGCUCAAGAAUAUGUUUGAUCCAGCUGUGGAGACGGAUCCUGAUUUUGAUUUGGAUAUUAAAGAUGAUGUUCGAGAAGAAUGUUCUAAGUAUGGUCAAGUAAGGCACAUUUUUGUGGACAAAAAUACUGCGGGCUUUGUGUACCUGCGGUUCGAUAGCAUAACAGCUGCUAUGGGUGCACAGAAAGCACUCCAGGGGAGAUGGUUUGCGGGAAAGAUGAUCAGUGCAACCUAUAUGUCUACUGAGCAGUAUGAAGCGAAGUUCCCGGAGCUAACUGGGUAGGAGAUAGCUGCUUGCUUUGCCGUCGUGUACCUGCUCUUGUAUACCGCAGAAUGCGAGCAUUGUUGUAUGGAGAAAAUUGUCUCUUGGUCAGUCAGUUGUAAUAUGAUCCAUCAAGCAUUCAAGCGAGAUUGUAGCAUUGAACUAUUGGGGUGAUUAUCUGCAAUUCAGUUAAAAGAUGCGCUUUGAUCUCAUAAACUGGAUUUGGUACUGUCUGUGUUGUACAUUAUUAUUGCUUGCCUUGCGAC